AUGCAAUGUUUUUGUGAGUCAGGUACACAACCUCCAGACAACAGUAAUGUGUCAACAGAGCAUGGCCCAAGACCAGAUGAAGAGUUGACCGAUGUGGGUCCACAAUCUACAGACUCCUCCACACUUGGGGACACCCUUGGAGCAGGCCUGCCGUGUGGAUCUCACUGUGCGCGUUUCACGAGUGCAGGCUCAAUAGAGGCCAAGAGGUCGUGCUGGUCCUUCGAUUUGCACCGUGAUCAAGAACAAGUGCUACGUUACGUCUUGGACCCCAAAAGACCGGGCCAUGAACUUAUAGUGCGCAACAACAAUAUCUGCCUGACCCGUUUAGACUUCUGCACACUUGGCCUGCAUCAGCAGAUAGAGUCAACCAUUGGGAAUGCCUGCUUUGACAUGAUCAAGAGGAUUGCAGUAUCCAAGGGAAAGAAUGUCCACAUUGUGGAUCUUUAUGUCGGCCCCACUUGGCUGCCACCUGUUAGCAUGAACCCUAUGGCAAGUAUACCCAGCCAAGCCCAUCAGAUGGAUGCGAUUUUCAUCCCUCUGUGGACACCUGGUCACUAUCAGAUCUGUCCAUGGUCAAGUCUUUGCACAUUGGACAGCGGAGUGCCAGGAGCUGUUGAGUGGAAAUUAUUCCCCAGUGUUGAGGCUGAAGAGAAGGCGCGAGCAGGAUCCUGAGUGUCCACCCUCUGCACCUGCUACAAUCUCACAGUCAAGACAGUGUCUUGCUGAACAAAAGGGCUUCUGUGUUUUCCAGUCAUCAGCAAACUCUGGACAGAGGUGGGUUAAAAAGCAAAAUGAAUAUUUUUUUUUUUUCAACUCUAACAUCUGUUGUGUUUGUAGAGUCUUAUACCCAAAUGUUGAGCCAAUGGAAUGGCUGCAGUGUGAAACCUGCAAUGAAUGGCUACACAGACUGUGUGGGUCCAGUGCACCAUCAGAGUUGGUCGUGCGGCUGUUCAUGUAGCGCUGAUGUCCAAAGAGCUUAUAUGAUGAGCUCAUCUGUGGGAGCAGAAGGUCCAACAGGAUGUUCCUAUGGAAUCAUCCUGUAUCCCUUUCUCUCAAACAGCACCUGAAGCAGAAGAUGCUGCUUUUUAGUGAGAAGCGGACCAUUGAGAUCUGGAAAAUAACAGCGGAGGUGACUGGCUUGGGCUCAUCCAGUAGGGAAAUGGGAGCAUAUAUGAGCGCUGACUUAGUGAUGGAUGUCAUGUAUCCAGAGAUUCAUCAAAAUCCUGGAAGGCGACGGUCUGUCAAGACUUCAAUCUGAGGUCCUGAUGACCAGAGGAGGCAUCGCAUUUUAAAUAUCAUUGACCUCACGUGCUCUGGUCGGUCAGCGUUUCCAGAUCUUCUGCAUCUGCACUCUCUGUCUCUGAAUAAGCGUUUUUGGUCGUUGCUUAUUGUCUGCAUGACUUAUUUCACCUGUAU